AUGCCUAAUGGCGCCUCGGAGCGAGGCGAAUGGAAAUCACCUCAAGCAUUCGUCUGUUUAGCUUGCUGCACGUUUAGUGGAGUGAGGUGUGGUGAGGCGGCCAGGCAGAGCGAGGCAGAACGGUGCCACUAUUUCUGCGUUCUGCAAGCCUAUAACGCGAUGAAGAAGAUGAAGUUUUUUUUUUAUAGGCCGAUUGUAGGAGCUUUUGGUCCUUCUUCUUGUAGAUUGCGUAGGCGUGCCACCACCAAGCCACUAAAUGGCUUGAAUGGAAAAGGUUGGAUUAUUGUGUUCGUGCUUCUGAAUUCUAACCAGCCGAUUGAUCGGCCAAGCAAGGAACCUCCUCUUGGCCUAGGUUCUUUCACUUCCUUAGAGUCGAGGAUGGUUAGGUUUCGUAUAGUUAUUUAA